AUGCGGUGGAGUGUCGAUGGGCUGGAGUGUCCGGGCCGUAUCGACAACCUCGGGCGCCGGCGCACAGCGGCCGCGGCGCCGCCGACCUGUGGGGGCGUCGCGAGGUCGCCGGGACGGCGCGCUGGAGGCGGCAGCGGCGGCGGCGGCGGCGGACGUCGAUACUGCGGUGCGAGCCGGCCUGCCGCGCCAGUCCACACGACGCAGCGCAGCGCGCCCACCAUGAAGCGAGCGCUUCUAGCGUGCUGGUGUUGGUCCUGGUGGUGGUGCGCUGUGACGGCGCUGCUGGUCACCGAUCCCACCAUGACGCGCAUGGUGGCGCUGACUGGCGACCGCUGCGACUACUACACCGACAGGGCGGACAUCCGGCGCGCAGUGCUGGAGUCGCCGAGCAAGCACGUGCGCGAGAUGCCCGCCGUGGACGUGGACGCGCUGAUGCAGGCGUGCCGGCAGCAGGGGCCUUCACGCACCUCCGGCUUCAUCUUCCCAGGUACCAAGUGGUGCGGCCCUGGUAGUGUGGCGCGCUCCUACCACGACCUGGGACCAAGAGAGGCGGAGGAUCGCUGCUGCCGCGAGCACGACCACUGUCCCGCCACGCUGGCGCCCGGGGAGUGCCGCUCCGGGCUUUGCAACCACUCGCCAUUCACCAGGUCCCACUGCGACUGCGACCACCGCUUCAAGCGCUGCCUGCAGAUGCUGGACACCCCCGCGGCGCACACGCUGGGCGCCGUCUUCUUCAACGUGGCGCAGGUCAUGUGCUUCCGGGACCAGCGGCCCUGCAGGCGCCGGGACGCACGGGGCAACUGCAUGCAGUGGGUCUUCCAGCCGACAGAGCACUACAGGCCGUAGAAGAAGAGUGGACCUGGCCCUGGCCCGGUAUCGCCCUUCGGCGCCGCCCCCGAGUCUCCGGAGCAGAACACCACCGGAGGCGGGGGUGGUGGAGGCCACUGCCCCACUCUCCAGGUCCCACGCCUACGCCUUCACACAGUUCUUGCAGCACCUCGCCGGCCAACAUCGCUUCUCCUAGAGGAACCGCGAAGCGCCACUGCGCACCCAGGACUCCCGCUGGUCGAUCUGCUGAAGCCAUUAUCUAGAGCACAAUCUGCAGGAAUAAACCUCAGCAGCUGCUAUGCAUUUCUUGGCUGUAUCUACAAAACAAAAGUCACUCUAAUACCAACAAUUUUGUAAAAAAUCAAACCCUUCCUACUGUGCUCAUCCUGUUAGAUUCAUUAGAAAUACUAUAAUCCAAAGUGAUACACGGGCAGCAGUUCACAACUACUAAUUCGUUAUGCUAUGCUUGCUUAUCGUGCAAUUCAUCUGAAUAUUUCAUCCUCAUUUUCUGUCCUGCCCCUGCCGAGGUGCUGCGAGAGCUUCAGCGGCGGAAAACUACUGCUCUCCCCUUCGUUUCCGUUCCUUAAGAGUACAAACGCGUGUAUAUUUUCUCAUUAUCUACUUAGCCACACCACCAGCUUUUCUCAACGCGUUGCACAUUUUGCCUUGAAGAUGUUCCUGCAUUGCUCUCCCCCCCCCCCCCCCCCCCCUGGGACUGGAGAGUUUCAAGCACUGCCCAAACGCAGCUUCAUAGGUCACAAUUUUCAAUACAUCUUUUUGAAUUUGUAUCCAACCAUCUUCAGAUGUCUGCUGGCAGACGAUUACGACGUUAUCAUUCGUAUCUUAUCAUUCGUAUCUUUUCCCGUCGUCCAGACCUCGUUAAUCUUGAUCUUCACUCCUCCUCCUGCCCCAUCCGUUUCUAUAAUGUGUGUUGUAGACUUGUAUUUUACGAUCAGAUGUGGUACUAGGCCUAUAAAAUGAGUAUAUUUGUCUCAGAAGCUUCUUGUUUUAUGUAGUCUCAUAACUUGGCCAAAUCUGCGAUCCCCACAAUGUGGAAUCUCGUCCUUUUGGGCACCCCGUGACCUACAUCUUGCCUCUGUUACGGUCUCCUACUUGACAAGAAAUAUGAGAUCCAAAGUAGUAUACUCUUUCUUUCAUAGUCAAUAACUUUGGAACAGAAUGGAAUCAGUUACAAUUACGGCAUUAUAACAAUCAAACAGUGGCAAUGGCCCUGAACUACUGAGAAAACUAUGUCUCCUAGUGUGCACGUUACGACGGUAGCACGCCACGGUUAGGUGGUUUUUCGUAGUGCCUUCAGCGUAACUGCCCUUUGUCGGUAAACAUUACCGAUUAGCCUCUCUACGGCUGUACUGAGCGCUCAACAGCAUCUCUUCGACUACACGACGAUAUAUGUAGAAUUUCGUUCGCAUUCUUUCUAAAAACUCGUGAACUGGAACACCACCGUGUAGGUACAAUCACUCAUCUUGAAACAGAUCUAGGAUGGCACGAAAGAUAGACAUUUGGAGCAUAAGGAGAUACAAGCCACCAGUGACGGUGCCUUUAAAGAGGAAGGGAGCAAUAAAACUGCGUAGUGACAUAAACACACUUUUUGUGCACUUGAAUGUGCCUUAUCAUACGAGGCAACCUUCCUUGACAAGCUUUCAUUCUCAAGAAUCAAGUAUUAGAACCUUCGAACUCGGUCUUCCAUAUUCAUGGCGUGCAGUAUUUCUGCAAAAUACGCAUCGCAUCCACCUCACGUCCUUAUUAGUUACCCGUAAGUUUGAUCGAAUUAUUCCAUUUCAGUAUGCACGCUCAAUCAUAGUUGUUUUGCAUGUAAGGCGUUGCACCGACCUAACACUAUCAAACGUAUUAAUUACUGUUGGUGGGCACCCACUUUCUUGCAUUUGCUCAUAUAAAGCUGAAGCGCCGGCUCCCAAUUUAUUACUGGUUUGCGCACUGUGUGUUGGGUGACUUUCAAAUUUAUUCUGCCACUGUGAUUGUAUAUUCUAAUACGCUCGUGCGUCCAGCAGCGCUUCAACACAGCUUUGCUGUACUCACAGGAAAAAACUCGUUUCAGACAUAUUUCAUGCACUUUUUCAGUCGGCUGAGAGAAUAUUAUGGAAUUAUCGUGCAAGAACUGUAGCAUUUUAUUUCACAGGAACGAAGUCUCUAGUUUAUCGUAAUUGGACAUAUUCCUCAAGGGAGUUAUCUACGAUCCUUACUUACACAAAAUAGGCUUAUUUUUCUAUCUGUGAACCUCUGUAUUUUAUUUCAAAAUUAUCGGUUCUAUACAAUGUCGCCCAUCAUGAGAUCGGUUAAACCACAAAAUAAACUACAAUUGGCCUCUAAUCCUAUGUUUACACAGCUUAAAGAAAUUUGUAAUGUAAUCACAGUACAACAGCUGCAUACAUACCAUAUGGCGCUGUUACGGAGUAACCAAUCGUAAUGGAACUCUCAAUUGACUGCCAUAUACUAAAACCAAUCUCGCAUGCUGACGCUUUAUAUUAAGAUAUUAAAAGAAAUUUGAAUGGUGCAAACGACUGCACCGUUAAAUAAUACCCUCUGUUCGUACUAACGAAUUUAAAAUAUACUAUUGAAAUAAUUCAAUUCAAAUAAGUGUUCCUAAAUAUUACACGUAAAGCACAUACUUUAAAAAAAAUCUAUAUCAAAAGUUUUAAAAAAUGGUGUAUAACGCUUGAAGCAUUAAAGAAUGUCCUGUACACGGAUUAAAAUACCACGCUGAAGAUAUUAAUACGUAAAACAUUCCAAGACAUUAUACGCAACACGUUAGUAAUAUUUCUUUGAUUUUACAAAUAUAUUUUUACCAUCGGGAGAACUUAAAUAAAUAAGAAGAAACUUUUAAAAUUGUAUCUUCUCUUUGGACGAUCUUACAGGGCACUUCGUAAGAGCAGAGCCUAAAGCAGAGUCACGUUAAUGCACAAAAUCACUUUGCACGUUCAUCAGUUUCUUUUGGGGAGGGGAGGGUGGCAUAAAUAUCAAAUUCAUUUAGCAUACUGAGAUAAAGACAUUUUUGGAGCUCUGUGUAAUAUCUCAGUUUGGCCAUCUAUAGUGCUAAGUCCAUGUUUGCUACUUUUCAGAUGUGUUUCAAACGCUCUUUGAUUACUUUGCCGGAUAUUAAUGUUUCGCCGGGUAUGGCCUAUAUAAUAUUUAUCACAUUCUGUACAUUUAAUCUUGUACACAAAGCAAUUAUUUUUCUUAUACAGAUUACUAUGUAACUACGACAUUUAGUAUGUUACACAACUUUUCUAUUGUAAUUAGAUUGUAAAAUGUUUUAAAUUUCCUAAACAUAGGAUGAAAACCCGUCAUUCGUUUUAUUGCUUAACAGAUCUGAAGAAGGGUGACAUUGCACGAAACCUGUAAUUUUGAGAAGAGGAGUAGCUAUCUACUGUCAGAAAAAUAAGCCUAUUUUGAAAUUUGUUCCUACUGCAUCCUCGUAUAUUUUCUCAAUGUUCGUCCCGCAUCAAUAAAGGGCAAAAAUUAAAAUUUUCAUCGAUAACUUUCAUUCAUUGUCUCCGUCAAGAACAACUAUCUGCCUCGUUAUUGGCUCACUGCUUGAAGACACUUAAGAUGGCUGGCGUGAUGUGGCUUAAUCGAUACAAGUCGAAGGCAUUCGACAGCUAGAAGACAGGCCGAGUUUAGCAUACUUUCUGCUUUUGUAUACGAAAGUAUACUGAUAAUUGGGCUUAUCGACACUCGAAACAAAAGUCAGAACAGUAUAGAAAACACAAAAUGGCGCCAACAAUGCCAAUGUACACUGCUUAGUGUGUUGGACUUAGUUUGGCUGAUUUCGAUUUCAGUAUCAACGUCUAAACAUUGAUGGUUAGUAAUAGUGGACCCCAACACCUGGAUUUUUUUCAGUAGGGCCACCACUUCCAUUGUAACGUAAAUAGUUCCACAAAUUUUCUGCUGUUUCUCAACGUUGAGACCUCGUUUCCAUGUACAACGAAGAAAAUAGCCGCUGACUUUAACAAUUAUUGUCGGACAGCAGGCUCUUUUGAUUACAGAAUCGCAAUAGGUUAAUGUGUUGUGAGACCGCUUACGACCCUAUCUCAGUUGUGUUAACGUGUGAAAUCAACAAACAACUGAGUCUGUCGUUAAACAGUAGGUGAAUUGGAGCCAUCGGUUGUAAGUGCAAUCAACCGUGAUUUUAGCAAUUAAACCAACUCUGCAGUAGUAUACACAUGUAGCACUGCCACUAAUCUAAUUUGUCCGAAAUAAUCAAUACUAAUGCGAUAAUGAUCAUUUUUAAAUCCGGCCAGGUGAAAGGGUAACAAACAGUUUCAAAGAAGUUUGAAAAAAAUUAUUGGCGUCUAUGUCUUUUUGAAACGAUCGAAUUAUAGUUCUUCGAUGAACUUCUGUUUAGGUUGUGCUUUGAGUAAUUCAGUUCACUCCUUCCACAGGAGCAGAAGACGAAAUAUCAGUCUGGUAAGGCCGACCGGAGUGGCCGAGCGGUUCUAGGCACUUCAGGCUGGAACCGCGCGACCGCUACGGUCGCAGGUUCGAAUCCUGCCACGGGCAUGGAUGUGUGUAAAGUCCUUAGUUUAGUUAGGUUUAAGUAGUUCUAAGUUCUAGGGGACUGAUGAUCUAAGAUGUUGAGUCCCAUAGUGCUCAGAGCCAUUUGAUCCAUCAGUCUGGUAAGAGGAAUAUUUUGCUAACGAUUCUCCAGCAAUAGUGCGACAUGGUUUUUUUGUGCUUUAAUGAAAUAUGACAUCCAUUUCUAUCCACAAUCUCCGGUUUUUACACGAAAUAAGCGUUUCUGUUUACGAAAAAUGCUUAAUCUAAUACAUAAACCGAAGUAAUAUCAAGAUAAAAAGUGGCUUAAACAUAAAACUAUUGCAGUCAAUUAGAUAUCGUCUUUCUACUCACUGAGAAUCUUAGUCAUCCAUUGCGAUUUAGACCUAACUUUUAAAAAGGUAUUUGCAGUUGUUUUUUUGUAUUCGUAAAACAGAUUUACGUGUGGAACGAAACACUACUUACUUUCUCACAUCUUUCGGUGCGGUCAAAUGCUGCACAAGAUUUCACCAUUGUAAUAAAAUAUUACAGUUAGGAUAAAGAUAAGACGUUGAUGCGAUAUUAUAUUAUCUAUGAUCUGAGACUUUCACAGUAGCAGUUGUAAUAGUCAGUUGUUCCUGACGGAUAUGAUGGUUGGAAAUGUCGAAAGCUUUAGUUUUACUCUAGAUUUAAGUGGGAAGAAGUAUCAGAAAUGUUAUACAACAUUUUAUUUUGUUCCAAAUGUGUACAUUUUUUUCAUUUCUCCCUCUUGUAGAGAACUACCACCUUAAAAUCGAUAUAAGAGAGGAGAUAAAAUAAGAUUUAUUACAUAUUCCAGACGUAAUUUAUAACUGUACCAUCUGUGUUAACGACUCUACUCUUAUUUAUCACGAAAUGACCAGCAGUGCUGGUUUCUAUUUAAAUGAAACUCGGGAAUCUUCAAGUUGCUAAGCUCUCGCCAGCUGUCUCGCUUAUGAGAAUUCAUAAUGCCGAGAGGAUUUCGGUACGAGGAAUGCCGACGCGGGCGUUUGUGAACAAGAGCGUAACAGGCGCCGGGAGUCGAACUCGGGCCUCAGCAUUGUCGUAUCGCCACAAUACUUCAUAGUCUAGCAGCGGUUGGUGCUCGCAACGAUUGUGUUAGCCGACGAAAUAGUUGACAUGAAUUUGGAACUGACGGCUAGGUUUGACAUCCGAAAUCAAACAUCCUAACAAACAAAACAUUUACCUUAGGCUUCAUACGCCAUUCUCGGCAAGUAGCACCAAAGAUCUUUUUCUGCUCUCAAAUUAUAUGUGGUGCCGCAAGUUUGUAUCCUGCAAGUGUUAAGCACAGUACACACUGGCAAACGCAGUAUCCGAUUUGUCUCUAGAUGGUCAUUGUCUAUAUGCAGGGUACUGAUAGGAUCGAAGUCGAGUCUCCGCACUCCUACUUGUUUUUCCAAAAUGGCUGUCGUUGUUGUGUGCGGAAUGAGUGCAUUUUUCGGUACUAAUUUUGAUUGAAAGAAGGCGAAAACGUAAAUACUGAUGGACGAACGAGCUGUUCUCAUAAGCAUACAGAUAUGCGAAUAUAACGUUAGCUAGAUUGUGCCCCCAAAAGUAUUUGGAAUUUCACUGGCCUGACAGCCAUUCGUUCUGAAGUUUGUCUUCAGAUGGUGAGAGGACGCAUCGCGAAUCAAGAUAUAGAUUGAGGGACACCGUCCCAGCUUCACUUCGCUGAGAGGCACACUACGUUUCCUGGAAACUUGAGACCACUGAUCUAUUCUCUCUAUUUUAAUAAGCAGAAACUGUGGCCUGACAAUCUCAAUAUGUGGUCUACAUGUCGUUUUGUUCUUUAGCUUGUAGCAGGAAGCGGAAAUCAUCAUUCGCAAAUCAUUCUCGCCAACUAGUUCUGUUUGUUCUUAGUUAAAUAAAAAUUUUAAGUUAAGCCAUUACUGGGGAUGUUGUAGAAUCCCGUAAAUGAAGAUGAAAAUAAAUAUAACUACAGAUAGCUAUAAUCAGCCACUUACGAAAUAGUUCUUUAUUGUGAUGAACUACAUUUCGAGCCGUUUAAGGCUUGUCUUCAGACGAGUCACGCAGUAGUUUACACUUUCCAACUUGUAGCAUGCUGAUGCCACUGGAGACUGCUUCAUGAAGCAGUCUUUGCUGUAUUGGGGUUUAAAAUCUAACUGCCAUCUUUCCACUGCCAUUACCUCCGAUCACAGAUUUAAUCAGUGUUCACUAGCAUUUAACAUGCUUCACAAUUAUUUUGUGAACAUAGGGCGUCUCUAGGAAUCGGUCAGCAUCCAGAGCUAUUUUUUUCUCAGUAUCUGUCAGUGUCAACCGUGCUUCGUAUCCAGUGAUUCGAGUGUGACUUUCUUAUAGUGCUGUUUUUAUAGCCACAACAUAUCACAUCGCAGAGUCGAACACCUGAAUGAAUCUUCAAUAAUUUAUAUCAUUUUUUUCGUUUUCAGUUGAAAAUAAUGAACUUAAACCGUCAAAACACUCGAAUGCACUGGGGAUGCUUUCAGGAGCUAGAGAUAAACUGGCGUCUUAUUUCAGUGUUGCAACUCAUUUCCUGUUCAAGCGGGUAGCCAUAGAACUGCGAAGUUUGGUCUCGUAGCGGAAUACGGAAGUGGAAUCCGUCUAUGGACAUGCGUCGCAAACAGAUAUGAGAGACCAAAAUCGAGCAGUGCGUGUACGAGUGGGUAUUGAGCUUUAUAAGAGACUCAGUGUUUACUAGAUUUCUAGUUAGUACCAACUUAAUACUCCCAUUUUCGAUUUUUACCUUUAUUACUUUUGUUAUUUACAAAUAGUUUUUAUUAUGCGCGACUUGAUGAAGAUAAUACAAAAUACAACAGUGAAAAAAGUGACUCCAUUCAUUAUUCUAGCUGUAUCAAGUGUUGUUCUUCGGCACUUCGCCCACUGUGUACUAACUUGAUGAUCGACAGUCAUACGAAGAUGCUGUUUGCCCCUGUCGUUUCAAUAAAACCACUGCAGUGUCUGCAUUUCUCUGAGAUAUCAGCGUUCUCGGUAAAAUCUACUCGCCUGUGUGGUGUUUCAUUUCGCUAGAGUCUACCGUGGAGAAGUUCGGAUUUGAGUAUACACUUAACAUGGAGCAGCGCCCAUAGAUGUGUUGCCUGUACACUGAACAAAUUUCCGUCGAAUAUGACAGCGUCGAGAGUAGUCGCAGCUUAGAGGUCGUUUUGUUUCGUAAUCAGAGACCAGGGUAAGGCUUUGGUCUGCUGUAGUUGCCACGGUGUCAUGUGAAGAUGCACGAUACAUUUCCAGCUGCGUGUGUAAAUAGUAUGUAGAUGUUUGAGAAGUCUGUAUACUCAGGCUUAGUUUUAGUAUAGGAAACAGAGGCGAGCCACGUAAGUGAUUGGUCUACGCAGGUCAACAGUUUCAUUUACAAAGUUUGCAGCAGAGAUUUUCCUUAUGGGUUUCUUCAAAUUUCGUUUCUCGGUUUCCGAGCGAAGUCAGCGGAAGUAUUUACUAUCACUUUCAAGUAAUUCAUAAACUUCAGAGUUAAAUAUUUCCUACUUAAUUCAGCAGCAAAUAUAAGUAAUUGUUAACCAAAACCAUGCAACGUGUUAGCUACAAAUAGUGUUAACACUCCUGAUCUUUUUGUGUUUUUUCCAUCGUUUGAUUUAAAAUACAGGUGUCAUUUUCCUUUUGUUACUACAUUCAUUUGGUAUGAGCAGAUCUAAAUAAUCCAGACACGUAUCAGAUUUUACUACAGUUGCAUAUGGCCAACUUUAAUCAACAUGCAGUUUGCAUUCACCAGACCCAAUCUUUGACAUUCAUGUCUUAACAAGAAGUUCUGGGUAUUUUGAAUUACCUAAGCUUGCAUGUAGAAUAUACAGCAAAUUUAAGUUAUUUUCUCGAUUAUCUUUGAUUUUUAAGUUAUGUUGUAUGUUAAAAAAUCUCUACAAAUGAUUGUAAAAUUAUUAUUACAUUUGUUGAUAGCAUGUUUUCUGUUGUCAGAUUGCACACGAAUGUGCACUAGAUACCUAAAUGGAAGCUAUUCAACAGCGAACACAGCCUUGGAAUUUAUAUUGUUUGUGAUUAUACAUUAUUUAUUAUACAUUUAUUAUAUAAUAUGUAUUUUAUUAUUUAUUAUACUGUACUCAGAUACUAAGGUAGGAGAGGAAUAAUGUGCAGACCUGGAAAUUAUUUAUGGGCGUAAUACAGACGAUAGAUUGUAGGAGAUAACGGAAAUAGGUGAAGAAGAAACUUUUUCUCAUCCUAUGUUUUUGCUAUUUUCUGUGGUCACGGAAGGCGAGGAAGUUAUUCCGUUCUUCCCCCCUUCGUGACCACCGUCUUGCACGGAUCAGUCACCGAUCUUCAGCAACCGAUGUUGAAGGCUAAUUCGUGGCAGAGCCAGGCCUAAGUGACAAAAAAUGUUCCUCAGAAACUAGUGGUGCUUACCUUGGUAGCAUAUUAAUGGCCUCCCAUAUUUUCCCUGGAGAACCUCUCUAUUAUGUGUAUGGCUUCCUAGAUAUUAAAAAAAAUAGUAUAAUGCUGUUCCUCAGCACAUCGAUAUUUCCUAUAACCUAUGCAUUAGUCUUAAGAGAAUUCUAUCUGUGAUACAAAUAAAUAUGCAUACAUGUUUGCUUGUCUCUCAUAUGUGAGAGUAUUUCCAAUGUUAUUUUAGUACGAGUGGUACUUUUAAUGGAAAAGUAAUACCAGGCUGGUAUCUAAUAGCGAAAAGUUGGGACAGAAUGGGAAACCUUGCUGUAUUCUUGUGCACUGUUCUCCUCACUAUGUACCUGUGAAAUGAAAAUAAAUCGUAUUUAAUGUUGUGUGUUUGCUGUGCAAGUAAA